GAUCGAUCAUUGUAUUGCUUAAAAAAAUCCAUGACAUAGUUGGCUAUAAAUACUCGUCGUUAACGACGUUAGCGCAGUAAUUGUUAUCCCCCCUUUCUUUUGUAACUGAUGAUUGGUCUAGAGGCGUUCCUAAAGAAAUUCAAUUUCAAAUUGUCUUUUUAACUUUCCGUUACUAUGACGACAAACAAGGAAACAGAGAAAAUUGCCACCGAUUUCAACAAUGAUUUCCUUUUUUUGUAAAAGCGACACUGACAGACGGGUGCCACACUUUGCAGCAGUUGACUUAAUUUCAGUGAAUUUCCGUUUGCUGAAAGUUGUUGAUCGGAAGUUUUGAUAACCUGUCUGUCUGAAUUUUUGAAGUUGUCAGUUGCUCCUAUUCCCCCAUUUCUCAUCUCUCGAGAUUACCCGCGCCAAAGUUGCCCACCUACUAACUCAACCGAUCAAACUUGGCCAAUGUUAACUAGUAGUUGGGAUUUCUCAUUAGACCGUCAUUGCUGUCUGUCAUAAACAAAAAAUAGAGAAAAAUGUGGUUUGUGCAAGCCGACGCCAAAAAGGAAAGGGAUUUAUAUCUUGUGCCCGACGCCAACUCGUUCGCAAUCGGCACUUGGUUCAGCACCGAGAAUGUUGUCUCCAAUUCACACGGUUUUGCUGCUGAUCCUGCCGAUCCCGCUGGCCGUUUCUCGCGAUGACAAGAGAACCAUCCAAGUCAUUUCCGAACUGCUGAUGAUCGACUCCAAAUGUCCGGCAACUAUAGUCGUCCACCAAUUCGAUCCUUCAAUCGGAGAAGAGGCUGUCGAAGAAGAUGUAUUGGUGAACAAAUUCAUCGAAAUUAAUCAGCAAUCAAAUUCUGUUAUCCUCCUGGAAAUUUCAUCCCUGAAGAACUUUAGCUGGAACAUCACCGAGCCAUUGUGUCAAAAUGUCGUGAUUUUCAGUCGACAAAUUGAAAAGGUAAUUUCAAUUUACCGCCAAAUCAAGAGCAAUUUCUACGUCAACAAAUUGGUCGUUGUCGCCAAAUUUUCCGCCGAGGAAACUUGCCGUCUCCUGUUUGCCAUUCAGAACGAGAAACUGUUCGUUUUGCUGGAGAAAAUAGGCAGAGACCUGGAACUUUAUUCCUGGGCGGUCAACAAUCGAACGAGUUUGACGACAAUCAGAAGCCAUUCCAACGUGAGCACGGAAAUGGGUAAAAAUCAAUCGGUCAAGUUACUGGGCAGACAUUUGCUGAUUGCCACGCUGUCCUAUCCGCCAUCAGUCGUGAUCGAUUUCGACGGAAGGAUUCGAGGAAUCGAGCCGUCCGUCAUGGAAUCCUUGGCCGAUUAUUUGCAUUUCACCUACGACUUUGUCCAGACGUCGCCCAACGAAAUGUGGGGCGAAAUAUUCGGUUCCGAAGGCCAUUUCUCUUUUACCGGAUUGCUGGGCAUGCUGGCCCGGAAGGAAGUCGACCUCGCCGUUGGAGGACUCUACAUUUCCAGCAUCCGGGCACCCUUCAUCAGCUACACCGAAGUCUACAACAUUGGCUACGAAACGUUUCUCGUUCCGGCUACACAGCCCUACGCCAAAUGGACGGCCCUGUUUUAUUCCUUCACCUGGCCCACUUGGAUGGCCACCAUCGCCUCCGCCGUCGUCGUGGUCAUCAUGCUCUACCUGGUGGCCAAUUACUCGUCACAAGGUUCUCCUUCGACGACGAGAAAUAACGUCUUUGCUGAUUUCCAGUUCUGCUGCCUCUACGUCAUCGGAAACUUGUCCAACAUGCAGGUCCAGCCGCAGAACAUCACAUCAAACGCCAACCGGAUGUUCAUCAUCUGGUGGCUGUUCGGUGCUCUCAUCCUGACGACCGGCUACCGUUCGGGACUCAUUUCCUACAUGACGUUUCCGUUCACGCCGCCGAGCAUCGACACCCUCCAACAAUUGGUCGACAGCUCGUUAAAGAAACUGGUUUUUGGCGGUUUCCUCAAGUCUAUUCUCCUCAAUUCGACCAAGGAGCUGGAGAGGAAGAUAGGAGAGGACGUGAUUCCCAACUACAACCUGACGGGGAUGUUCGUGUCACUCGGGUCCGGCUCCUCGGCCGUCCAGUCCAAUUUGAAUAAUCUUCUCUACAUGGCGGCCACCAUGUACCCGACGACGGCCGCCGGACCAAGAGUUCACCUCAUCAAGGAGAAUAUCAUGCCGGCCUGGGUGGCUUUCGGUUUGCAGAAGAACUCUCAGCUGAAACCGCACUUUGACAAGGGCAUCCAGCGUUUGAUCGAAUCCGGCUUGAUCGACCACCACACGACGAUGUUCGCCAAAAAACUGGGCAAGUGGAACCCGAAGAAAGCCAGCAACGAUCUCAUUUCCUUUUCGUUGGAUAGCUUGCAAGGAGCGUUCUAUUUGCUGGGAAUAGGAGUCGUCGGAUCGAUUCUCAUUUUCACUAUUGAGAUUAGCCUAAAAUCUGUCAAACGUUUAAGGCCCAAAAAAGACAAGCUGUUUUGCUGAAAGAAAACAUGAAUGAUGUAAUAUCUUAUUUUAAAAUGAAAUAAUAUAAGAAAAUUAGGAAUCCAUCUCUAACCAACUGUUCCACGUUUGGUGGUUUGCACAUUAUGUCAUAGUCUUAGCAGAGACUAAGAAUUUAAAGACUGAAAUCGGUCCCAUAAACCUGAGAGGAACAGCUUGGGCGAUUCUUGAGCUUGCCGCUGGGCGCAGGUCCAUAGAGUUGGAGAAUGUUUUUAGGUAUUUUCCCCGUUUCCCUACUGAAUACGUGCUUCACACACUCGGGAUUUGCGAAUGUUCUAUUAGGUACAAUUUUUUGAAAAUUACACCAUUAUUAUUCAUUGCCCUUCACGAUGACCCGUGAAUCAUUUCAUAAUAUUUGAAGAACUUCAGGGUUACUUUAAAAAAUACCCUAUUUCGUCCUUUUUCUUGGAUCUUUAGAAGAAAAUAAUCAAAAUAUCUAAAAACAUUCUCCAACUCUAUGGACCUGCGCCCUAGCGGCAAGCUCAAGCAUCGCCUAGAGAGAGUUAUAGGGAUUUCCGUCUUAACUUCGUAGUCUUACGUCGUAGAGUGGUCUUAGAUAGAGAAAACAUAUAUUA